CCACUCAAAACAAAGCACUAUCCCCUAAAUGAACGAUGAUGCAAUUCCUUCCAAUCUUGAAUAAGUAAAUGCAUCUUCAAAAGGCAGUAGAACAUACAUAAUACAGUUGUCGUUUUCCCUGGUUUCGAAUUGAUGGAUAAUUAUCAAACAUAUUAAAGUUUGAUAAUAUUAAAGUAUUUAAGAUGUGUAUACAUAUUCAUGAAACACUAAUUAGAAAGCGUUAAAUGAAUGCAUUCUAUGUUUCUAAUUCUUAGUUGAAUUGACGUUUAUGCAAACACCUCAAGAUGAAGAGAUUGUACGGAACCUCAUUGACGCAACAGAGCAGUUACUUCAAACACUUCCUAACCAUGUAGUGGAUAUCGGACGUCCAGGGCAGCGUCCAGAAGCCGACUCGCAUCGGUCGCAUCAAAUGAAAGUUGUCGCAUAUCUGAUCAAACAGAGAAAUGCAGCAGAAUUCGAAGAAAUGGAAAAGCGUGAACUAGAAACACUUUACAUCAUGUAUCUCACAAACAAUAGGUCUUUCCCAGACCUACCCUUUAAUAGGAAACACAUUGCCAUCAAUUUUACAAAAUAUCCUCAAUAUGUGAAAUGUUCUUUCUAUGAUGAUCGCCAAAAGGAUGUUUGGAACAAAUUCUUGGAGGAAUAUACCAGUUUCAAAUAAAGGUGUGACGUCACGGAUAAUAAAAAGACCAAAGUUUGAUAACAAUAACUAGCAAGUUCUUCGAUAUUUCGUAGUUGUUUCCGAUAUUUUGCACUUUCUGAAACGGUGUAAAUUGCGUCCGCUUCACAAUGACGUGACGUCACAUUGGUUGUUCCUAUUCGA